CUUGAAAUGGAGCCAUGGAGGCUUGCUGGCUCACCGCCCAAUUUUUUGGCGGCAGAAAUAAUCAGCCCGUGCAGGUACUCUGGAAAUUUUGGAAUGCCCCACGGUCGUCUGCGAGACGAGUUUCGCAACAACCAGACUGCGUAGACCCAUUGCAUAAUUGUCGCAAACUUCGACGCAAUGGCGCCUACAAACAAACGACCGAUCGAUGAUGAUUUUGUGUACACAUUAUCAGAUAAUGAUGACCUCCCUAUCGAGGAGGAAGAGGAGCUAGCGCCAGAGCCGCCCCGAAAGAAAGCCAAGACUAGCAAGAACGCGAAGAAAGGAAAACAGGCAGAAGACGACGAUGAAGAAGCUGACGAAACAACCGAAGAAGGCGUCUGGGGAAAGAAAGAGGCCGACGACGGUGCCAUGGAUUCCGAUUUUGAAUUCCAGAUGGAUGCUGCUGGCGAUCUGGGCGAAGACGAGUUCGAAGGUUGGGGCUUCGAAGGCGCCAAGAAGAACAUGAAGGAGAAGAAGGGCGUUGACCUGGACGAAAUCAUCCGCCGACGGAGGGAGAAGAAGAAUGGAAAGAAAGGAGAUGCUGGGGCUGAGGCCGACGUCGAUGUCGACGGGGAAGCCACUGCAGUUCUGCCUGACGAGGAUGCCGACGGUGAUGACGAGAUCGAAAACGACAUGGCUGUGGAUCUCGACGAUGAUGACGACGAAGUCCUUGCCGACGAUGCCUUUGGCAUGAACGUUGAUGCCGAAGAUGAGGAGGGCGACGAGGAAGACCAGGACGGGUCAGAAGAUGAGGCAGAGCUGCAAGACGGUGACGAGCCCGCCUCAGACGACGACUCGGUCGCCACGCCCAUGAACCAUCCAGACGAUGAUGAGGACAACUCGGACGCGAGCGACCAAGAGGACCCCGAAGAAGAGGCCAAGCGCAACGCCUUCUUCGCCCCCGAGGAAAAGGCGAAGCCUGGCAAGAACAAGGAUUCCUCGUCGUUCUUGGGAAUGAACCUCUCGCGCCCAAUCAUGCGCGGCCUGACGCACGUCGGAUUCACCAAGCCAACCCCCAUUCAGGACAAGACAAUCCCCAUCGCAUUGAUGGGUAAGGAUAUUGUCGGAGGUGCCGUUACAGGUUCCGGAAAGACUGGUGCCUUCAUCAUCCCCAUCCUUGAGCGCCUCAUUUACCGCCCGAACAAGAUGCCGACAACCCGCGUCGUGGUGCUUACGCCCACCCGAGAGCUGGCCAUCCAGUGUCACGCUGUGGCCACCAAGAUCGCUGCCUUUACUGACAUCAAAUUCACCCUUGCCGUUGGUGGUUUGAGUCUGAAGAUGCAGGAAGCUGAGCUUCGUCUGAGGCCCGACGUGAUCAUUGCCACGCCAGGUCGUUUCAUCGAUCACAUGCGCAACUCGGCCAGCUUCAACGUUGACACCGUGGAGAUCCUGGUUCUCGACGAAGCUGAUCGCAUGCUGGAGGACGGUUUUGCCGACGAGCUCAACGAGAUUCUGACCACGAUGCCCAAGUCGCGGCAGACGAUGCUGUUCUCCGCGACAAUGACAUCGACUGUCGACCGCUUGGUGCGCGUGGGAAUGAACAAGCCCGUGAGACUCAUGGUUGAUUCGCAGAAGCGGACGGUCGGCACCUUGGUGCAGGAGUUUGUGCGUCUGCGUCCGGGACGCGAGGACAAGAGACUUGGCUAUCUGGUUCAUCUCUGCAAGACUCUCUAUACCGAACGGGUCAUUGUGUUCUUCCGACAGAAGAAAGACGCUCACCGAGCGAGGAUCAUCUUUGGCAUGCUUGGUCUCUCAUGCGGCGAACUUCACGGUAGCAUGAACCAAACAAUGCGUAUCGAAAACGUAGAGAAAUUCCGAGAUGGCAAAGUCUCUCAUUUGCUCGCUACGGAUCUCGCCUCGCGUGGUCUUGAUAUCAAGGGUGUCGACACCGUCAUCAACUACGAGGCGCCACAAUCUCUCGAAAUCUACGUCCAUCGUGUUGGUCGUACCGCGCGUGCCGGUCGUACCGGUGUGGCCGUAACAUUGGCGGCGGAGCCUGAUCGCAAGGUUGUCAAGGCUGCCGUCCGCGCUGGCAAAGCCCAGGGUGCCAAGGUCACAAGCCGAACCAUUGAUCCCGCGGAUGCGGACAAGUGGCAAGACCAAAUCGACGAGAUGGACAACGAGAUUGAGGAGAUUAUGAAAGAGGAGAAGCGGGAGAAGCAGCUCGCUGCUGCCGAGAUGCAGGUACGCAAGGGCGAGAACUUGAUUGAGCACGAGAAUGAGAUCAAGUCACGACCGAAGCGAACCUGGUUCGAGACCCAGGACGACAAGCAAAAGUCGAAACAGGCCGGUGCUGAUGAACUCAAUGGCGUUCGCGACCAGCUGAAGAAGAAGACAAGCGCCGGCAAGCUGAGCAACAAGGACAAGAAGCGUUUGGACAAUAUGGCGCAGAGAAAGGAGGGCAAUCUCUGGAAGGGUGGCAAGAACAGAGGGGAUGAAGAUGACAAGAGCGCUGCUCCUUCAUCACGAGGUCGCGGAAGGGGUUCUUCACGAGGUGCUCCUCGGGGAGGACGCCCGGAUAGAGGGGAUCGAGGAGACCGGGAGGAUGGAGUCGAGAAAGACCGUCCUGCCCGUGACGGUCCAUCUCGAGGGGGGUCAAGAGGAGGUUCUCGUGGGAGAGGAGGCGGAGGCGGCGGUGGCCGUGGUCGUGGUCGGGGUCGCGGGAGGGGCAAAUAGUGAUGUUGAGUUGUUCUUAGUGGCCAUUGGCCUUUCGCCAAUUUAUUGUACUGAUAUGCUACUUUUUCCCCAACGUGAUCGCCUCAUGUUGUUUAACUUGGGGGUCACAGCAUGAUGCAUGCCCUUGUGCCAACCACGGAAUCAUUGUUGUUUGUACACAUCGCUCCGCUCAUUGCCAUAGCAUCGACUACGUGUCGAUAUUCGAGCAUUCAAUUGGAUGCAUGUUGUUGAAAUGGUCGACCGCCAUUUCACCACACUCAUCUGAGUGUACAGGGUAGGCCUCGGCAUCCAGCCGCCCUGACAUCCCAUGACGCAAAACGUGCC